UAUCGACGUGAAGAAAUUAGUUCGAUAGCAGUCAUUGUUUUGAUCACUCGUGUCAACGAUUGUUAUUUUAGAGUUCGAAUUAUGAAAUAAAUUAAUUUUUAGAAAACAAAAUGGCGGCUAGUUUAGUGAAACGUAUGUUGUGUGUGGAGGAUAAGGUGUUUUUGGUGACGGGAGGCGCGGCAGGCGUGGGCGCAGGUAUAGUUCGAGGGCUACUCAACGAAAAUGCUAGACAUGUAGCAUUCCUUGAUGUCGCGGACAGAGAAGGUUCAGCACUAGAAGCUGAGCUCAUCACCAAGUUCGGAGCCCUAAGAGCGAAGUUCAUAAAAUGCGACAUUUCUGACGAAGCCCAGCUGACUGCAGCUUACAAACAAGUGCUAGAUAAGUACCGAAGACUGGAUGCAGUUAUUAAUAAUGCUGCCGUGUUGAGUAUUGAUGACAGAAAUGUUAAGAGGAUGGUGGAUAUUAAUUUUACUGCAACGGUCACCAGUACAAUGAAAGCCUUGGAUAUAAUGGGGGCGAAUAAAGGGGGGAAUGGGGGAACUAUCAUUAAUAUGUCAUCGUUAUUGGCGCUUAACCUUGGGAGCCAUCUGCCUGUGUACGCCGCGACGAAAACGGCUGUUCUACAGUUCAGUAUUGCUAUGGGGGCAGAAAAAUUAUAUUCAGAGAGCAAAGUCCGCGUCAUCACAGUUUGCCUCGGCCCGACUGACACGGCCAUCUUACACAGAAGCAACUUGCAGAACUUCGACAAAGAUUCCGCUGAGCCAAUUGCUUCCCGCGUGUCCGUGAGGCAGAGGGUGGGAUCGGCAGUGUCAGGCAUUCUAGAAGUUAUAGAUCAAGGAAAAAGCGGUUCCACGUGGAUUGUGAAAGAUGACCAGAAAGCCUAUGAAAUUACAGACAAAUUAAGCCAGGCUUUUGAGGUUCUAUCAGAUAUCUAGCUUCUUGAGUACUUCACACGUUUGAUCUCGUAACAGGAACGUGUCUUUUUUUUAUGACUGGCGGAUUGUAAAGGGCUUUGAUUUAAAAGACUUGUUUUGUAACUACAAAUAAGAUUUCUAUACGUAAUAAAGUUUACUAUUUAUUUUAACUAACGGCGCAUUGGCAAACUUGUGCUAUGUUGACGUACAGAUGAAAAUAGCUUCUAAGAUGGAAUAGCUUCAAAUUUACCGAAUAUCAGUGCCUACACAAUUUUCUGUAUAACCUACCAACUAUAUCAAGCUAGCAAGCCUGAGAGAGAAUAUAAUAUUUCAGAUGAAAAACAAC